CGGCUGGGACAGGGUCUCCUCUCCCCGGGGGUGCUUCCAAAACACCCCCAACACGCGCGCGCGCGCACACACACACACACGCACACACGCUGCGGCCGAAUCCUGGGCUCUAGAAGCUGAAGUCUAUGGGAGUAGAAGCUAGCACCAGAUCCCUGUUCCCAGCAGGGCACUGAAGGUUGGGCCGUUGACCUCCAGAAUACGGAUGGAGAGUCUCCAGAGACAGAGGCUUUGAUGGACGAAAUUCGCAAUAACCAGUUUCAGAUCCUAAUAAGAAGGGCGAAGGAUCAGCGGACGAAGCUAACCUCUUCAUACUCAGCCUCCAUCCCCUCACCCCUUCCCCCUCUAAGUCACCAUGUCUCUGGGCAACGGCACCCCUCGGGGCUUAGCAGCGGGGGAGGAGAUCUGGGCGGGAUCAGGAGUAGAAGUGGAGGGCUCAGAGCUGCCCACCUUCUCGGCUGCGGCCAAGGUCCGAGUGGGAGUGACCAUUGUACUGUUUGUUUCUUCGGCUGGAGGGAACCUGGCCAUGCUGUGGUCGGUGACUCGGCCACGACCCAGCCAACUCCGCCCUUCCCCUGUGCCGCGACUCUUUGCCCACUUAGCAGCUGCUGACUUACUAGUCACCUUUGUGGUUAUGCCCUUAGAUGCCACCUGGAAUAUCACUGUUCAAUGGCUGGCCGGGGACAUCGCGUGUCGGACACUCAUGUUCCUGAAACUAAUGGCCAUGUAUGCUGCAGCUUUCCUGCCUGUGGUCAUUGGGCUCGACCGCCAGGAAGCAGUACUCCGCCCGCUUGCACCCCGCUCAGCCGGAAGGAAACUUCUAGGGGCAGCCUGGGGACUUAGUUUCCUGCUUGCCUUGCCCCAGCUGUUCCUGUUCCACACGGCCCAGCGAGCGGGCCCGGUCCCCUUCACUCAGUGUGUCACCAAAGGCAGCUUCAAGGCUCAAUGGCAAGAGACCACCUAUAACCUCUUCACCUUCUGCUGCCUCUUCCUGCUGCCACUGACUGCCAUGACCAUCUGCUACAGCCGCAUUGUCCUCAGUGUGUCCAGUUCCCAGACCAGGAAGGGGAGCCACGCCCCUGUCGGUGAAUUUGCCCUCCGUCGCUCCUCAGACAAUCGCUCCCGGGUUCGUGUGCGGGCCCUGAGACUGGCCCUACUCGUCUUGCUGACCUUCGUCCUCUGCUGGACACCUUACUACCUGCUAGGCCUGUGGUACUGGUUCUCUCCCACCAUGCUCACUGAAGUCCCUCCCAGCCUCAGCCACAUCCUCUUCCUUUUUGGCCUCCUCAAUGCUCCUCUGGAUCCCCUCCUCUAUGGGGCCUUUACCCUUGGCUGCCGGAGAAGGCACCAAGAACUCAGUAUGGACUCCUCCAGGGAGAAAGGUUCUGAGAGAAUGCCCCACCAGGAGACUCAAGCCCUUAGACAGCUGGAAGUACAAACAAACGUGGCAGCAAGGACAGGAGAAAUAAAAGAGACAUUCCUAUAACGUCCACUUGCCCAGGACAGAGUAUAUAGGAACAGAACAAUUAUUCUUUUAAUAUCACAAGAACAUCUCGCUCCU